UUCAGCUGAAAAACACCUCGCUGCAGCAAGCUAGCUGGGAAGCUCCCAGUUCUAAAGAGAGGCUGUUUACCAGAAGAGCAUAACAAGGGCAGGUCUGACUGCAAGGCUGAAACUGGGAGGCAAAACCACUGCCAAGGGACCCCAGUCGGUCACUGGUAGUUCAAUCAACCUGCAGAAUGGAGGAGGCGAGGAUGCUGUCGGUCUGGAUACAAACAUUCCUUCUCAGCAACAUACUCCUAGCAGCAGCCCAUGGAUCUGGAGGCUGCUUCUGGGACAACGGCCACCUGUACCGGGAGGACCAGCCCUCGCCUGCACCAGGCCUCCGCUGUCUCAACUGGCUGGACGCGCAGGGCCGCCUGAAGUCAGCCCCCGACUUGGGAUCCGGCAACCACAACUACUGUCGGAACCCGGAUCGGGAUCCGCGGGGACCCUGGUGCUAUGUCAGCGGCGAGACCGGAGCCCCUGAGAAGCGGCCUUGCGAGGAUGUGCGCUGCCCAGAGGCCACUUCCCAAGCACCCCCAGAUUCCACAACAGAGCCUGAGACAUCUGAAGUGCCAGGUGAAGAUGAGGUAAAGGCAUUCCCUCCUGCCAAUGCCCUGCCUGCUCGGAGUGAGGCAGCAGCUGUGCAGCCAGUGAUUGGGAUCAGCCAGCGGGUCCGGAUGAACUCAAAGGAGAAAAAGGACCUGGGAACUCUGGGCUAUGUGCUGGGCAUUACCAUGAUGGUGAUCAUCAUCGCCAUUGGAGCUGGCAUCGUCUUGGGCUACACCUACAAGAGGGGGAAGGACUUGAAAGAACAGCACGAGCAGAAAGUGUGUGAGAGGGAGAUGCAGCGAAUCACUCUGCCCUUGUCUGCCUUCACCAACCCCACCUGUGAGAUUGUGGAUGAGAAGACCGUUGUGGUCCACAGCAGCCAGACUCCUGUUGAUCUGCCAGAAGGCAGCACCCCCCUCAUGGGCCAGGCUGGCACCCCUGGGGCCUGAGCCCCUCCAGUGGGCAGGAAUAUAUAUAGACACUGGUGCAGGACAGCCCGCCCUCCUUCAGCUGGGAGGAUCAACAUUUUGUGUUGUGGUUAAAACCUAACCCCACUUUUUUUUUUUUUUUUGGUGAAUCCUCAUGAUAGAAGCAGGUAGGGCUGUGGGGGAGGCUGAGUAGGGUCCUAUCGAUACUCAUUCUUCAUCCCUUAGAGCAAGAUUUUGCCUGUGGAUGGGGACAGUAGCAUGGCUCCCAGAGUGGUGCUGCUGACAAGGGCUUCCACAUAUUUUCUGUGCCCCUAAAACUGGACUGGGAGCAUAGGGAGCUCCCCCAGGCUCCUCUGUGCUUUAACUGUAUAAGACAGCCUCAACCUCUGCCUUUCUGUUUGUUCUCCAUGAGCUUGAGUGGCAUAAACUGUUAUUCAUAGUUCAGGCCAAGAAGGUCAAGAGGAGGCACUGAAAGAAUAUAGUUUUUUUAAGUAUUUGGGAUGGAACGCCCUACUGACCUUUGAGAACCGGAAGUGAGUUUGUACAAAAGUCAGAACUUUGGGCUGAGAACAGGAUCUUGGCCUGGGCCUGCUGGGUGUGCUCCAGCUUGCUGGCAGUGAUGUGCCUUGACAACCAUGGGCCAGGUCUGGGCCCAGGGACUCUUCCUGUUUUGUAAGGAAAGGAAGGGAAGAAUUGCACUAAACAUUCCACUUAGGAAGAGGGUAAAGAAUGAUCUGCUCCUGCCUUAGGCCCCAGAGGCAGAGGUGAAUCUGGGGAGCCCCAGACCAUCUCUCUUCUGGGGUAAACAGUGACCUCUCUUCAUUUUGUGCAGGUAGGAGAGUAGCUAGCUAACUUGUGGGAAUUAUUUACAGUGGGGUCUGGUGAGCUGCUUUUGACUGAACUCAGAGGCAAGGUAACAGCACUUCAGGGCUUGUGCCUGCAGUGCACUUUGGUUUGCAGGUGGCUUUGUAGUCUCCAGGCCAGCACCUUCCUGUGCAGCAGUGGGGUUAGGGUCACAAACCCUAACUUGUAAAACAAUCAUAGAACAUUGGAAAGGACUUUAAGAUUCUCCAAGUCUCUUAGACAUGGGCCCAGAGAGAAAGUGACUUGCUCAAGGCUAUUCUAUGGCCAAWAGAGCUGAACUUCCUGAGUACAACAUUUUCCCACUGCACUGUGCUCCUGCUCAGCAGGCCCUCCAAACCCUGAUGUCACACUUGGAGGACUUGGCAAUGCUCCCUAGCCACAGAGCUUCCUUCCACUGCCCCGUGUGGAGAGGUGGGUGAAUGGGGCCCAUUUCCUUCAACUGACUGCUCCCUGGAGCCAUUUGCUGAGGGCACCUAGACCUCAGGGGGAGCUCCCCCAGGAGUCCCUUGGUAUUAAUGAUGUUGGGGAAAAGAACAUUACUGGUUUCUACUUUUCUAUAAAAGGAUUUCUCUGUAUACAUGUUUUAUAUACCUCAUUCUGACACCUGUGUGUAAAGUACGGGAAAUUGCUGUGUAUUUGACUAAUAUAAAAACAAAACUCCAUGUUGCCAA